AGGGGACAUGGCCACGGGCACCACGGGCACCAGGAGGCGGGAGGUCAGUUUGGUCACCAUGACCCAGUGUCGCCCACCUCCCCUGAGAGUCAUGGCAUCUCCGGUGAGCUUAUUGAAGAGAUGAAGCAGCAGCUCUUGCUGAAGGAGAGCUUGGAGAGCGCCUGGCGCCAGAAGCUUGAGUACAUGGACCUCCAAUUGCGACAGAAGGAGCAAGAGAACCAAUACUUCAAGGCGCAACUGUAUGCGGUUCGGGAAGAGAUGAAGGCAGCAAAGGAGAUUCCCCAGGCUGGAGAUGCAGGUUCACUGGUGGAAUUGAAGCGGAUGGAGGAGGCGCUAUCGCAGGAACGUGCAAAUGCAGUGGCGCAGGCCAAAGCCCUGGCUGAAGCGCACGUGCAGCUGAAGCGGAUGCAGGAUCGGCCUCAAGAUGGAACCAUCGUGCGAGCCCAACAGGACGAACUGAUGCAGCUGAGGGGCGAGCUUCGACGGAUCGAGGAGGAACGCAACACCGCCCGAUUGGGCUUGGCAAACCAGGCCCUGCAGUUGUCAGCACUGAGUGAUCAACAGAUGGAGCUCCAAAGUGCCUUAAACGCAGCCCAGGGUGAGAUCAAGCGGCAGAAAGAGCAGCUGGAGGAGAUGCGGCUGCAAAGCGCGAACGCCUCUCAUGGCGCGACCCCGCGUGCUGGUGAGAAGUCCCAGAGCGGCAGCGAAAAAAACACCACCUCAAAGCUGUCGCAUUCUGAGCUGCAGGUGCUGCGCACGCACAUGCAAUCGGCGGUGCGCAGGGCCUUGGAGGGCGCGGCUGCAGAGCAGGGCCUGGAGUACCAGCAGAAGCUGCAGGAAUUGGAUGAGAAACUGGUGGAGCUGAGCCCCACCCGGCUUCGAGCCAGGCAAAGUGGGAGUGGCAGUCGCAGCGGCGCAGUGGUCCGCGAAGUGGAGCAGAAGCUGGCGCAGCUGUCGCCGCGAGGGUCUCCGCCAGGGGCCAAGGUGGCCAAUGGUGGCUCGCUGAAUUUCACUGGUGCCUUUGGAAUGGAGGAUUCCUCGACCCUUCCGAACGAGGCUGGGGAUUUUGAGUGUGGUGCCCAUGCGCGUGUCGCCUUUGCGACGACCCUCCAACAUGUCUUCCAGCGAGUGAUCCUCCCUCAGGGCUUGAAUAGCGAUGGCCGGGUCGUAGCUGCAACCAACCUUUCGGCCACCCAUCCAGGGCCACCAGGGUCCAUCACUUUGCCGUCCAAGUUGCCAGCAGACAGGCCGUUUGCCACGGCACCCAGCUGGGCGCCGGGCCGCAGUUUGCAGGCGCCAGCACCCAGUGUGAUGCGAGCGAUGGAGGUGAUGCCCGCAGCACAGAUGGCGGCUAACGCGGUGGCCGCCACCAGCGGCUGGCAGCCCUAUGGGUUGCACGGAGCGCCGGCCUUUCAAACGCUGCCCAGGGAGCAUGGCUACACUCGCGGAUGACGGUACUACGGUACCGAUUUAAGUGAGCGGAGGCCACAAACAGCAGAAAAACAGGUGGGAAAGCUG